GCUAGGCUGUGCUGGGCUGCGGUGCCACACCACAGCGAACUGCAGCACCCCCUGCUGUGGUGUGCCAGGCCAUGCUGUGACACAUCUGUACUGUACCAUAACAUUCCAUGCCGUGCCACAGCUGUGCCAUGCCGCACAGUGCCAUUCCGUCCCACGCAGCGCCGUGCGGUGCAGCCGCUGCAGGGCCGUCCAGCGGGGCGGGGACUGGGGCAGGUGUUGCUCACCCUGCUCCUCCCUCCGCUCAAGCCCAGACCCGUCCGUGCCCCGGCGCAGCGCAGCCGGCAGCGGCGGCGGGCUCAGGUAAGGGAUUCUCCCACCCCGCCGGGACCCCCGGGGCCUCCGUCCUGCCUCUGGCCGCCCAGUGCGACGUGGAGCGGUCUGGGGAAACUGAGGCAUGGCCAGGCGACGGCGCUGGAAAAGCGGUGUGAACCCCCACCCCCCCGUCCCACUGCGCCCCUUUCACUCCCUCUCCAAGAGUUUGGGAGUCUUGGGGUGCUAGGGACCCCCUUUUCCGAGGCCGGCGGUCGCCCCACCCCAGGAUCUGCCACCAGCCCAGAUGGAAAAGAAAGGAAAACUGGGAGAGGUGCCUAGCGAAACCAGCUGGGGCGGGAGCGAGGGGCCCCUCGGCCCUCCCCCCCACCGCACCCUGACCACCUUUGACCCUUUCGAGGGUGUCACCCUCCCCCGCUUCGCGCAGUCCGCACCCUUUAUUUAUGGUAGGACCUACAAGAAGGCAAAGCAAACAUAGCCUCGCCUCCCCUCCACCGCCAUCGCGGCACGCCCGGGGUGACAGUGAGAGAUUUUAGGGGUGCAGGGUGGGAGGCACCCAUGAGUGCAGCCCGGCUGGGGGCGUGGGGACGAACUGUGUCCCCGCUGUUGCCCGCAGGCUCUCGGCGCGGCAUGGGGGAGGCGAGUGACAUGGACAGCGGAAUCAUGCUGCACUCGGGCCCUGACAGCCCAGUGUCCCCACCGAAGGAGCGGGUGCAGGUGGGGCAGCGGCAGCAGCAGGCACUGGAGGCCCAGCUUGAUGGCUGCAUCCAGGAGCUGCGACAGCUGUGCCUGCGUGAGGCGGAGCUGACGGGGACCCUGCCCUGCGAGUACCCCCUGAAAGCUGGCGAGAAGCCCCCCAAGGUCCGUCGCAGGAUCGGGGCUGCCUUCAAGCUGGAUGAGAUCGCCAUUCUGCAUGGGGUGGACCCUCUGGAACGGGAGCGGGCACUGCAGCUGCAGAUUGCCGAGGCCUCCCGCCGGCUCUGCCACGAGGAGAACAUUGGCCGGCAGGUGCGCAAGAGGCGGCAGACGGCAGCACUCCGGGAGGAGCAGAAGCUGCGAGAUCUGGAACAGGUCUUGAGCCAGCGGCGGCUCCAGGCAGGGCAGCGGGACACCAGUACUGCCAAGGAGGACACACGGCCACCAGGACCUGCCACCCCACAGAGGUCCCCAUCUCCCAAGGACCCCACCAAGGAGGAGGAGGAGCAUUCAGGGCUUCUGAUGCCACCCCCCAUUCCCUGGCAGGAGACCAGCCUGGACAAACCCUAUGAGAGGGCCAAAAAUCCCAGCAUCGACCUUGAGGAUGGGGAAACCCAGAGCUCCCAGUGCUGUCUUGGGUCCCUGAUGGCUGCCCCUGCCAGCUCCUUGGCCCCCAGCAGCCCUGACUCUGCAGGCUCCCCAGUGUCCAGGACAGGGGACCCUUCCUACCGGUUCGUCCCCAUCCGGACCCUGGUGCUGUGCCGGCAGGCAGGUUCCAGUGCUCCCAGCACCCCAGAGCCAUCAGGACGGCUGGGACAGACCCAAUCUCUGAGGGUGGACCCAUGCUGGCAGCCAGCUGAGCCACGGGGCCGCAGCACCGCACCCCGCCGGCGCCCCACCUACUACACAGUCACAGUGCCCACCUCCUGCAUCCUGACCUCUGGCCCUGCAUGCCGCUCUGGCUCUGAUGACAGCAUCUCCGACCUCUCCAGCAUCUCCCACGCCACCUCCCCGGGCAGCAGCAGCCCUGAUAUGUCCUUUGCAGUUCCGCUGCCCCUUGCUGAGUCUGGUUACUACCCACGGGGUGCCCUCCAGCUCCUGCCACCUGCUGGCCCCCUGACUUUCCUGUACGAGCAGGAUCUGGCCCCACUGCGGUACCAGCGCCUGGUGCCCUCACGCAGCCGCAUUGUGCGCACACCCUCACUCAAAGACUACGCGCCCGCUGGGGCCCGGGGGCUCUCCAAGGCCGCCGUCACUGAGGAGCUCAAGUCAUGGCACCAACGCGCCCGGCUGAGGGGUGCCCGGCCCCACUCCCUCGACCGGCAAGGGGCUUUCCAGAGACCCCAUGGUGGGACCACCAAGGACAUGCCCAUUGCUCAUGGAAUCCUGUCACUGGUUCAGGGUCCCCCGGUGCAGGUGCUGCGACGCUCAGCAGCCGGCGUGCCCGUGCAGGUCUAUAUGCCUGAGAACGGCGAGAUUGUCACCCAAGUGUGAGUGCUCAUGUCCUCACCCCGAGGUGGGGGCACAUCCUGGCUGGCCCAGGGGCGGCAGGGACGUCUCGUGCCUCCCCACCCCGGCAUGGGGACACAGGAGGGAGCCACAGUGGGGUGGCAGGGGCUGGCCCUCACCCCAUGUUCCCUCACUGGCACUGCAGUGCUGAUAGGGACACUGUGACCCCAGUGCUUGUGGUGACCUUGGUGUCACCACGACCCUGAAUUGAGGUUCUGGUCUGUAAUAAAAGUGGUUUUUGGGAUA